AUGGGGCUGCCGAGCCUCAGCAGAGCCAUCUCUGCCCCAGCACUACCGCCCGCCGCCGGUGCCGGCUCCCCCUCCCCCCGUCUCCCGACCCACCCACCGGGGCCGCGGCCGCCGCUCCGCGCUCGGGACCGCGGCGGGCCGGGAGCCGCCCCCGCGCGCCGCACGCGCGCACGCGGGACCGGGCGCGCGCGCCGCCGGCGGGCGCGGGGGGGGCCUGGAAUGCGCGUGCGGCGGCGGGGACGGGAGGGGCCCGCGCCUUCCCUUGUGCCGGCGGGCGCCGCGGGGGAGCCGCCGCGGCCCCGCGCCCCAGCAAGUUUCCGAGCCGCCCGCUCCUUUAUGAGCGCGGGCAGCCGCCAAGCGCCGCCCGCGGGACUCGCUCCUGCCCGCGGUCCGCGGCCCGGAGACCGCCACACGCCCGCCCCGCCGCCCGCGCGGCCGGCCCCGGCUGCCGCCCCUUGGGUCCCCCAGCGGAGCCUGCGCCUCCCCCGCGGUCCCGCCGCCGCCACCCCUGGCGGCCCCACUCCCGCCCGCGCCCCAGCGGCCCCGUCCCCUCGCCGCCGCCUCUGCCCCUGCGAGCGCCCGGCCGCUGCUUCCUUCCCCCCGCCGCUCUCUCCCAACUUCUCGCGGCCGCCCGCACUCACCCGCUGUCCCCAGCCUCAGCACCACGUUCACGGCUCCGGCUCCGUAUCCCUCCGCGCCGAGCGCCGCCGCCUUAACCCUUGUCGCGCCGCGCCGCUCCCGGCCGAGGCGGGCGGGGACCAAGUGGCGCCCCCGGGAGCCGCCCCGGCACAGCCUCGCCCCCGAACGCAGAACCGGGACGCCCCAGCAGACGGGGGAGAAGUGAAUCCCCUCGGGCCGCUCAGGGAAACACGCACUUCACAGGAACAGACCCCUCCCCACCGCUCCCCAACUCAGCCAAACCGACAGCAAACCUCGACAUGCAGCACUGCCGGCAAUGCACGUGCCCCAAAACUCAUUAUCGCACUCAUCCUGAAUUCACAUACCCUAAAAUAG